UGUUUCAUGACGAGUGGUAACUCACACCUGGAAUAGAUUAUCACGGGGUUUGGAGGCAAAGUCAGUAUUAAAGGUGGGCCAGCAGCCUUUGCGUGGAAAUUGACAUUUACAUUCAAUUGCAAGGCACAAAAUACAACAGGGUCUUGGAAGAUUGAUUUCUGCCCUUGAAAGGAAUGGGAGGGACGUCUAGUACCCGCAGAGUUACUCUAGAAGAGGAGGAGGGCGCUGGCAUUGUAAAGAUUUCUGGAUCAGUUGUGAAGCGACUUCGGGGAGAAGAUGAAAGCCAUGAGCCUCAAUCAUUUGAAGAAGACAGACCAACAGUGCCAGCACCGAAACAUGCUCCAUUUAGGACAAGCGAGGAUGAUAUAUCAAGACUAGAAAAACUCUAUAAAGAAAAACUAAAGCGUCUAGAAAAACUGAAUAAAGAGUUAUACCAGACAUCCACACAAGAAUUCAGCCAAGCAGUGCAGGAGGUGGAGAAGAAAUUCUUGAAGUACACCACAUCGCCAGUUUGUCACAAUCAACAAGAUGCCGUAUUGAAAUGUUACCAAGAUAAUCCAAAACAGACAUUACUGUGUUCAUUACAAGUAAAACAAUUCUUAGAAUGUGUUGAGAAGACGAGACAGACUGUCCUGACAAGAAAAGGCUAGUAGAGAAUUAUUUGAAGACAACUGGAGGUGAUCAUCAUACAUUGCAAACAUUGUAGAGCACACAUGUGUCAAGAGGAUAGUGAUAUGCGGACAACUUAGGAAGGAUAAUAAACAAAAUAAGUGUUUUUACAAAAAACAAUGAAUUGAAUGGUGACUUCUAACAACACUCAAUCAGGCAAAAAAUGAAGUGUUUUCUUUGAUUUUAGUGGCUUUCUUUGAAAAUUGACCAAGAUUUUUCGUUGUGUGAACAGAUCCAAGUCUCAUAUCACUUUCAACUAAUGACAUAACAUGUUUAUCUAUAUCUGUGCUAUAAGAGGCAUUAUUCAUAAUAAAGAUAUUUGUUAAAAUAGU